GGAAGUUUCACUAAGGUUAUCUCGUCAGUGUGCUGUCGAUUCAGGUUUUUGUCCUCCUCCAUGCCAAAGUCUGCUCCAAGGGAGCCUGUAUGAGCAGGGGAUACCGGCAGGUGACAGCCGGAGACGCGCCACAAUGGAGACAUUCAGCUCCAGGAACCUGGCCAUGCAGGCUGAGAAGAAGAUCCUGAGCCACAUGGCCAGCAAGUCGGUGGCGAAUGUAUUCCUGGACGACACCAGCAGCGAGAUCCUGGACGAGCUGUACCGGGUCUCCAAGCUGCACACCCAGAACCGGUCCGAGGCCCAGAAGGUCAUCAAGAACCUCAUCAAGGUGGCUGUUAAGGUCAGCGUGCUGUACCGCAACAACCGCUUCAGCGCCAGCGAGCUGGGCCUGGCGGAGGAGUUCAAACGCAAGCUGCACCAGGGCGCCAUGACAGCCGUCAGCUUCUAUGAGGUGGAGUUCACCUUCGAGCCGGGCGUGCUGAGCCAGCUGCUGCAGGACUGCCGGGAUAUGCUGCUGCAGCUGGUGGAGAAGCACCUGACGGCCAAGUCCCACGGCCGCAUCCGCCACGUCUUUGACCAUUUCGCCAACGACGACCUGCUCAGCCAGCUCUACAGCUCCGGGGAGCCCUACCGGCCCCACCUGCAGAAGAUCUGCCAGGGCUUGAACAAGCUGAUAGAGGAGGGGAAGCUGUGAGUGAGGUGGGAGGGGGCCUUGCCUUUCUCCUCCUCCUCAGCCAGUAAAAGAUUAUGGGAGUUGGGGGUUUGUAUCUCAUGGGGGCCUGGAAGCACCUUACUCCCUUAGGCACCUAUGGAAAUCCUAGCCAAGGAGCAAGGGCAUUCAGGUUUAUAGGGGAUGGAGAACUGGAUGAUCCCACAGGACAAUCAAGACUCGGGCAUGUCCCACUUGCACUCAGGGCCCUCCGUGCUCUCCGCAUCCGUCCCAGUCCUCUCCACGCCCUCAUGGAUUGGGCCCCCAGCCCCGGACACUAUCUCCCCAUCAGUGACACUUGCAGAGCGGUUAUUUUUGUACACACUCAUCUUGUCAUUGUUACACCUGCGGGGGGGGCACCAGGUUCGGCCUGGGCAGUUACCCCUUGAUGGUACAGUUUGUAAGGCCAGCGGAAGUGGGGCUGGGUUCAGCUCCCACUGCAGGGCAUUAGAGGGCUGGGCCGAUGAAGGCAACAGAUCAAAUCCCUCCCCCAAACACUCCUCAUUGCAGGGUUGUCCCUGGCCAAAGGGAUCAGUUGAGGCUCCACCGAGCCAGCAAAACAGAGUGGGGUGGCAGAUUCUGAGCUUUUAUGUCAAUUGCACAUAAAUGCGACGCCCAGGGGAAGGGACCAACCACCACCGUGAGCCCCUGUCCUUGCCACAUGGGUCCCCAGCAGUGAGGUCUAGUCCCCAGGGCUGCACUCGGUGGAGCUCUGCCCCCGCAUUAAGCUCAGGUUUAGGAGCUUAGCUUCAGCCAUGCAGAGUUUACGACUUUCCCUCCCCGAGCCCAGCCGCUGCCAAAGACACGGGUGAGGCCAUGAGCAGGGUGAAAAUGGGGGGCACUCCGCGCGGGUCAGAAACGCCGUGUCGGUCAAAGGUCCCACUGGCAAAUGGUAGGGUCCCCCCAUGCCUUCCCUGGCCACUCUGCCCUCCUGCCCCAGCCCCUCACCCCCCCCAACGCCGUGAUCCCAGUUUAUGGCCAAUGCCUUGGCAGCCUACAGUGGGCUGGAAGGUC